AUGGCGUCGCAUGACAACAAGAAGCCCCUUCUGGACGACGAUGACCACAUGCCGGAGUCGUACAAGUCUGUCAACAUGAAGAGUGUCCAGGACGCGUAUCGGUCGGUGCAAUCCCCCCGACACAGCGUGUAUAGUACGAUCCAUGCUGGCAACGGCGUCGAGUCGAUGUUGGCCGGCGGGUUGGAUCGGUUCUAUGAAAAGUACCGCGCGCUGUCGAGCAAGGUGAACCUGCACUUGGCGACGCCGGAAGUCCGCUUCGAGAACUUGAACUACGUUGUCCAAGCGCGCCAGAUGACAAUGGCCGAGAAGCAGGGGACGGUCGGGUCGUACGUGGGCCGCAUGUUCAACCCGUUCAAGAAGGCCGUGUACAAGGAGCAAGUGGUGUUGCAGCCGAUGAGCGGCAUCAUCAAGCCGGGCAGCAUGACGCUGAUUUUGGCCAACCCCGGGUCGGGCAAGUCGACGUUCUUGAAGGCGCUCGCUGGCAAGUUGGAGCAAAACAAGAAGUGCGUCCAAGGCGGCGACAUCACGUUCAGCGGGCUGAAGACGUCCGACAUUGACACGAAGAAGAUCGUGGGGCUG